AUGGAUAUUGAAUCAAUUCGUAGGAUCAGAAGAGAAUACUACAGUAAAUGGUGCCCUUUCCUCAGGCAUCCCACGUCCGCCGAUUCCUCCUCCCUGGCCGCCGCAUCCUUGGCUGGCGUCAGAAAACUGGCUACAAACUUCCUAGUACAUGAGAAGAUCUGGCUGGACAAGUUCAAAUACGACGAUGCAGAAAGGAGAUUCUACCAGCAGAUGAAUGGGCCUGUGGCCGGUGCCUCCGGCCAGGAGAACUGCGCCAGCGUGAUCCUCCGUGACACUGCGAGAGCCAGAGAGAACAUCCCGAAAUCCCUGGCCGGAAACUCAGGCCCCGAGGCCUCCAGCGGCCCCUGCGCAGACCACAGCGAGCUCGUCGUCCGGAUCUCCAGUCUGAAAGUGAAGAACCAGAGCCUGCGCGGCGUGGUACAGGAGCUGCAGCAGAUCAUCUCCAAGCUGGAGGCGCGGCUGAACGUACUGGGGAAGAGCUCGCCUGGCCACCGGGCCAUGGCCCCACAGACCCAGCACAUGUCUUCCAUGCGCCAAGUGGAGCCCCCGGCCAAGAAGCCAGCCACACCAGCAGGGGAUGACGAGGAUGAUGCCAUUGACAUGUUUGGCAGCGACAAUGAGGAGGGGGACAAGAAGGCGGCACAGCUGCGGGAGGAGCGGCUGCAGCAGUACGUGGAGAGGAAGGCCAAGAAGCCUGCACGGGUGGCCAAGUCCUCCAUCCUGCUCGAUGUCAAGCCUUGGGAUGAUAAGACGGACAUGCUGGAGGCCUGUGUGCGCUCCAUCCAGCUGGACGGGCUGGUCUGGGGGGCCUCCAAGCUGGUGCCCGUGGGCUACGGUAUCUGGAAGCUACAGAUUCAGUGUGUGGUGGAGGACAAGGUGGUGACAGACUUGCUGGAGGAUGAGAUCACCAAGUUUGAGGAACACAUGCAAAGUGUCGAUAUCACAGCUUUCAACAAGAUCUGAAGCCUGAGUGUGUGUGUGUGUGUGCGCACGUGAGGCCCAGCCACGAUUAAAGACUGAGACAGGCAAAAAAAAAAAAAAA